AUGGAGGGCGAGGUCAGCGUGCUGUUGGUCAUUACCGUGAUCAUCGGUACGAUCCUGAUGACCUCGCUGCUGGCCUGCUACAUCUGCGUGUUCCGGCAGCUGUGCUGCUCCCGGGACAUGGACCUCGACCGAAGCUACAGCACGCGUGGCUCCAAGCGAACGUUGCGCGACAGCACCAACCUGGCGGAGAUCACCAACAUCACCAGCCAACAGACGGAAAUCGAGAAGGUUUAG